CACCCGCGCCCUCGGCGCCGCAGCAUCAGCGCCGCAGAGCCGAGCCCGAGCCGCCGCCCGCAGGAUGGCUGCAGCGCCUCCGAGCUGCUGUUUGGUGGCCUUCCCGCCUCGUGCUAAGGACGGUCUGGUGGUGUUCGGGAAAAACUCCGCUCGGCCCAGGGAUGAAGUGCAAGAGGUCGUGUAUUUCCCGGCUGCCGAUCACGAACCCGAGAGCAAGGUGGAGUGUACUUACAUUUCCGUCGACCAAGUUCCCAAGACUCAUGCCAUUGUGAUCAGCAGACCUGCCUGGCUUUGGGGGGCAGAAAUGGGAGCCAAUGAACAUGGAGUGUGCAUAGCCAACGAAGCGGUCAAUGCCAGGGAACCGGCCGCCGAGACGGAAGCCUUGCUGGGGAUGGAUCUGGUCAGGCUUGGUUUAGAAAGAGGGUCAACAGCCAAGGAAGCCCUAGAUGUCAUCGUCGCCUUGUUGGAAGAACACGGGCAAGGUGGGAAUUAUUAUGAAGAUGCAGGCUCCUGCCACAGCUUCCAGAGUGCUUAUCUGAUUGUGGAUCGUGAGGAGGCCUGGGUGCUCGAGACCGUAGGGAAGUACUGGGCUGCUGAGAAAGUCACAGAGGGCGUCAGGUGCAUCUGCAAUCAGCUCUCACUCACCACCAAGAUCGAUGCAGAGCAUCCCGAGCUCAGGAGUUAUGCUCAGAGUCAAGGCUGGUGGACAGGAGAGGACGAGUUCAAUUUCUCUGAAGUUUUUUCUCCAACUGAUGACCAUCUACACUGCUGUGCAGGCAAAGACAGCUUAGAAAAGCAAGAAGAAGGAAUCACUGUGCAGACUAUGAUUGACAUCUUACGGGACAAAGCCAGUGGCGUCUGCAUAGACUCCGAGUCGUUCCUGACCACAGCCAGCAUGGUGUCUGUCCUGCCCCAGAGCAGAGGUUCACCGUGCAUCCACUACUUCACCGGGACCCCAGAUCCCUCCAGGUCCAUCUUCAAGCCUUUCAUCUUUGUGGACGAUGUAAAACUUGUCCCCAAAGCACAGUCUCCCUGUUUCGGGGAUGACGACCCUGCCAGAAGGGAGCCCCGGUUCCAGGAGAAACCAGACCGUCGGCACGAACUGUACAAGGCCCACGAGUGGGCACGCGCUGUCAUCGCCAGCGGCCAGGAGCAGGGCCGCAGGCUGCGGAGGACCAUGCUGGAGCUGGAGAAGCAAGGCCUGGAGGCCAUGGAAGAAAUCCUGGCCGGCCCCGCGCCCCCGGACCCCGCCGAGGUGGCCGACCUUUUCUAUGACUGUGUGGACACGGAGAUCAAGUUCUUUAAGUGAAGCGGCCCGCCCUCCCCCUCGUAUUUAAAGUUUCCCACCGACUAACUUACCAGCAAAACCACCGCUCUCCCGGGCGAGAAAGACGAGAGGCCGUCCGUGGCGGCUGGCGGUCCCUUUUCCGAAGCCAGACCGGACGGACACUU